UCUUGUCGCAGCGUUCGUUCCGAGGAGUGCGCGGUGACAGUACGCGGUGUUUCGCGAGUAGGUCGCGCGUGUGUUGAUUUCGUCGGUUUGGUAGAACGUGAGAGUCGGCUCCGUACUCCCUUCGUUCCACCCCCGCGCGCUGUGGCGCCACGUGAAAAAGGCGUCGUCGACGGAGGAGAGCUGUCAAGUGCUGGGGAGUUUGUACGGGGAAUUCCGUAACAAGGUAGAUGCAACGCGCUGUUCUUGCGAACGGAGAAGAUUGGAGCUUCCGGUCUGGGAUAUACCAACAACGGUGCUGCGCUGUCGUGAUGGAUUAUCAGCUGUGCCAGCGUGAAGAAGUGGUUAUGUAAAGCUAGUGCAUCGGGGAGGGUGCUACUAUACAGUUCAGGAUGACACAUGCAACGCAAUCUACGGCGGAAGUGCGGCUGAUGGCUGAACCGUUCAAACUUCAAUUUAAUUAAAACUGUGCCAACGCGCCGCGUGGGACAAAGUUGCUCCUACGGACACGUCCCAAACUAGUGCACCGUGUUCGUGUCCGCUCAAGUGGGAAAUCGACGGAACACGCGAGAUUUCAAUUGUGUGCCCUACCGGGGAGAAAGUUUGUCUGUAUCGUCGUCGUCUGCUAUUCCGGGAAACAGAGUUAGUACGGCGAAGGCUAGGGGCGCUAGAAACGUGACGAUAACGCGACAAGUACGAGGACCGUGUCCGGACCGUCUCGUUGUCUGGUCUUGAAGAGGUGUCUGUGUGUUGCCAACAGUGCUGUGGGGCGGGCAAGGAUUAGUGCGUACGCGAGGGGGUGUCAUCCUCGAAAAGUGAAUUCUUACCAAGGUCUUGACAAGUCAGCAGUGCUGUGAGUGGCGGGAGGAUCGCUGAAGUUUAAUCGAGUUAAAUUCGGUCGGAAAACUUUGGCCAAAUUGGAUCCGAGAGGAGCGCUGAGCUGCUGACGAGGAAGGUGUCAUCGUUGUUAAUUAGAAAGCUUUUUCCUUUUUUUUUCGAAGACCAACCGCAGCAAUUGGCCACAACCCUCCACCCCACCACCACGAUUUCGGGGUGGGCUCGGAAAACAAACAAAACUCCGAAGGUCGAGCCGAACCGGACCAAAGUCCGAAAACAGUCAAGUUGUUCUUCCGCUUCACUUUUUUAUCUUCUCUUUUGCUCGAUGAAGUGAAAUUUCGUUGUGCUAGGAACAGCACGAGAGCGGAAAAUAACAACAGGAAAAGAAAGAAAAAAGUCUUGGAAGAUAAAUGAUGCUCGAAAGAUAAACGACAGCACAGCUCCGGAACAACUGGACAAGUUUGAUCUGGAAGAAGUGAAAAAAUUUAGGAGGAAAAAAACGUCACAGAAUGAGAGAAUAAGCAAAGUUUGUGUUUGGUGAAGCUUCUUCCUUCUUUUUUUUUUGGGUUGUCUGAAAAACCUUCUCGAGUGGAAGAAAAAGAAAAGAACAUUUUCCCCCUCUCUGGGAAAGGCGAACCUGUCAUCACACGUGGGACGUGUCACCCACGUGGCCUUUAUUAACAUUUGUGCGGACCGGUAUUCAUCACAACACGACACACACACUUGUAAAGAGCCGCACGUGAUUGGAGUAUUGAGCGAAAGUUUUCCUCCACACGCGGACAAACUUUGGCGUCCUUUCCCAAUCAAGCAAGGUUGUGGGCCAAGAAAAGAAAAUUUCCCCGGAAAAGCUCGCCCGCGACUAACGAGAGGCGAAAUUUUCCACCACAGAAAGUCGUCAUCAUUGGAGCUCUCCUCGAGCUUCAAACGCACACGCAAAUUCGGUUGUGCGUGAGUGUGACUGUGUGUUUAGGAAAAUCGGAAAAUUUUCCCACGAAACCAGCCGCCCCCACCCCACCUCGGUGGAAAUUCCCAGCGAUGCGCGAAACAACAAUGUUUGAAGAUUAAACAGUGUGGCCCCAAAAAAAAAGUGACAGUGAGUUGAAAAUAAAAAAGUCGGAAAAGUUUUCAGCAAAAAAAAAGAGAAGUGGAAAAUCAAUUGAAUGCGUGUUGAAAGUUAUCUUUCAGUGGAAAAAAGCGAAAAGUAAACAGGCAGCUUUCGGUGAAGUGUGUUUGUGUUUCUCUGUGUUUGUGUGUGUGAUGUGGUUUUUUGGCUCCAGAGUAAAUGUGAGGGAAAAGUAAGCGGAAGAAAAAGAGAAGUGGGAAACGGAAAAAAAAAGUUUUUGUUUUUGUUUCAUCUUGGUGCGGCUGCUGUUGGCUGUCACACGCUGGCCUGUCAGCAUGACGGCCACCACAACACAACGGCGAAGAACUGCCGACGGGAUGCCAACACUGUCGAAGGCUACCAGCAGUUGGUGGACCCUCGUGGGGGUGCUGCUCGUGAUAAAUGCAGAACUUACCUGCGGCAACAAUAGGGUAGACGAUUAUCAGAACCAAAAAGGUAAAACAAACUACCCUUUGGAAUUCAACUCAAAUUCUGUUUCUGGUGAACUGGUGGGCUCGUCCCGCAAGUUCCGCACCGACUUCCUCCAGGAGUGGCCAACGCCGGGAACUGGGCCUUACUUCGACACCGCAUCGAUCCCGUCCAACAUAACCGGCCUCGUCGGCAAGACGGUGCUGCUGGUGUGCAAAGUGAAAAAUCUCGGCAACCGAACGGUCUCCUGGGUGCGGCACCGGGACAUCCACCUGCUGACGGUGGGCCGCUACACGUACACCUCGGACCAGCGCUUCGAGGCGAUGCACUCGCCCCACACCGAGGAGUGGACGCUCCGGAUACGGUACGCCCAGCGGAAGGACUCGGGCAUCUACGAGUGCCAGAUCUCGACGACGCCCCCCAUCGGUCACUUUGUCUAUCUGACGGUUGUAGUGACAGAGAUUAACGGCGGACCUGAUUUAUUUAUCAACAAGGGCUCGACGAUAAAUCUCACCUGCACCGUCAAGUACGCCCCGGAGCCCCCUCCGGCCGUGGUCUGGAAGCACAACCGAGACGACAUAAACUUUGAUUCGCCCCGGGGAGGCAUCUCGCUGGUGACGGAAAAGGGCGUACUGACCUCGAGCCGGCUGCUGGUCCAGAAGGCGAUAGCCAGCGACUCGGGGCUGUACACGUGCGAGCCCUCGAACGCGAACCCGGCCUCGGUGCGGGUGCACAUACUGAAUGGAGAACACCCAGCGGCGAUGCACCACGGCAUGUCGACCAUCCUGGCCGGCCCGAGCUUAGUGGUGUUUGUGCUGACCACGCUGCUCCUCUACUACCAUCACAGCAUCCGGUGGAAGCAUCUCCUAACGUAGUCACCCUUCAUCACGCUAACGCUAACUCCUAUUACCACUAACACUACCACCACCGUCAGCAAAAUCUUCUCAACAGCUCACUCAGCCACAAGAACAAAACUACUCUUUUGUACAGUCACCGCGACUUGAUGAUGUCCGUUUCAGCAUUGGAUCACCCUAUCAACAUUGUACUACUACACAGAUUGAGAAGAAGUAGAAGAAGAGAGAAGAGGUCAGCAAUCGCGUCUAUUCGUGUGUCAAACAAAAACAAACAAAACAAAACACUCUAUUUGCUAGUUGAGAAAUUAGGUUAAUUGAACAAAGAAAUUGAACUUUUUUAUAUAAAUGUAUAUUGCCGAGUCCACAACCACAGCAAACGUCGCCGAAAACGAAACCGGAAGGAGGGGCGUGGCAUUUGUAUAGAAUAAAUUGCGAGAUGUAUGUGUGAGAGUGGCGGUGUGUUUGUUGGGUGGCAUUGUGCAAUGAUUAACGAUGCUGUUGAGCCAAUGCAAUAUAUGCGGAAACCAUAGAUAUAUAUUUUUCAUUUUCUGGAAUCGAACUGUAAAUCGCUCAACACAAUAGGUGCGUGCUUGUGUGCAAAUAGAGCGAAAGGUUUGUUUUAUUAAUUGAAUUUAUAUUAUCGAUUGGAUUGCGUGUGCGUGUGGGUGUGUUUGUGUUGGUGGAAGAGCUGAGUGCAGGGUAAAAUUUCCGUUCUGUUUAUUUGUGCAUCACCAAGUGCACUCGAUUAGCGAUUACUGUGUUGGAUUUGCGUGAAGCAGUAUCUGAAUCAUGAAUAUUUUGAAAUUAACGAAUAGUUGGUUGGAUUUUUGUAUGAAUAUUUCAUGGUCGUUAUUUUACCAUUUUACCACUGAACACAAUGAAUCUCGUACAUAAUUUAUUCAAAAUUACGAUUCCUUUGUUAGUCUCAACAUUUUUAAAGCGUUCUUUAAGUUGGAUUGUGAAAUUUAAAAAUGGUGAUGAGCUGCAGGUGUAAAUUUAGAGAAAAUAUAAGUUUUGUUAACAAAUACAGUAAGAAGGUGCAUAUCAUAUAUGCACAGUAUGCAUCGUUGAAUUUUAGAAGGUUUCUGAUUGAAUGAGUUUUACUGCGAAAAAGAAAUGGGUAAUUCUCCGCCAUCUCACACAGCAGUUGCCCCGACCCAUCUUUGAUUUGCGUGAAACUUU